AUGGACUUGCGUGAGGGGAAAUUUUCGUCGGAAUUAUCGCUUGAUUCGAAGAUCUCGGACGUGAUGCCGCCACGUUCCGCAGAGCAAGUCAACCUGGCUCUUGCAGUGUCCGCCCCGGGUGAUCCGGAGGCGCAAGGUGUCGCCUUCGGGUUGGAUGCACCAUCCGACUCGCCAGAAUAG